GGAAGCUCCCCUGGCAGUGUAGUAAGAGUGAAGCGCCUCCUGUGCUAUUUCCCCUCCUCUCCAUCCCUUUACGCCGAACCAGAACCAUUCAUCUCUCCCCUCCUUCAGGCUUCACAUCCGGGUCAUCCGCCAGGAUCUGUCUCUUACGUCUGUGUGUCUGACAGAGUGAUAAUUAUUUCAGUCCGCUGCCGUGCUGUACUGCAGCUCUCUGCCCGACUGCGCGGCUCGCAGAGCGGACACUGCGCCAGCGUGCACCGGUGAUGAUGGAGCCACGAGCGCCGUGAAGCUGCAGCCGCUCGCACAAAAGGCAGAGAUGAGACGGUAGGAGGCUUUUGCAGGGGCUAGCCCGCGGUGAUUAACUCGCCCUAACGAUGUCGAAGAGCCUCAAGAAGAAAAACCACUGGACCAACAAAGUCCACGAAGCGGUGAUAACCCGGGGGAAAGAAGGCGAGCUGGGGUUCGAGCUGAAGGGGGGCGCGGAGAACGGCCAGUUCCCCUACUUCGGCGAGGUGAAGCAGGGGAAGGGGCUGAUCCAGAGCGGCAAACUGGCCCAGGAUGAACUGCUGCUGGAGGUCAACGACAUGCCAGUAGCCGGGCUCACUACCCGGGACGUGCUGGCCGUGAUCAAACACUGCAAAGACCCGGUCCGCUUCAAAUGUGUCAAGCAAGGGGGGGUGGUUGACAAGGAUUUGCGGCACUACCUCAACCUGCGCUUCUCCAAGGGCUCAGUGGACCACGACCACCAGCAAAUCAUCAGAGACAACCUCUACCUCCGCACUGUUCCCUGUACCACCAGGCAACCUAAGGAGGGGGAGGUGCCAGGGGUGGACUACAACUUUGUGAGUGUGGAGCGUUUUAUGGAAUUGGAGCAAAGUGGAGCCCUGCUAGAGAGUGGAACCUAUGAAGAUAACUUCUACGGCACACCGAAACCUCCAGCCGAGCCGUCCCCGGCAGCCCCUCCUCUGAAUGUGAGUGAGGCCCUGCUGCCCGGAGCCCGGCCAAGCGCCCAGGGCAAGAGAAAGAGGAACCAGUCAGUCAGCAACAUGGAGCAGCGCGCCAGUCUGGAGCCGCCUGAGGAGGAGGAAGAGGAGAGCCCAGUUGUCAAUGGCAACGGGGUGGCCAUCACACCAGAGUCCAGUGAACAUGAGGACAAGAGCACAGAUGCCUCUGGGGAGGUUGCUGUUGAAGCGUCAAUCCAGGCCCCAGCAUCUGCUGAGCCUCCAACCGAAGGAGAGGAGGCCCCAAAAUCUCCCUGCAAGUCCCCAACCAAAGUUCUAGAUGCAGAUGAAGAAGAGCUGGGUCCCCUGCCUGAUAACUGGGAGAUGGCCUACACUGAGAAGGGGGAAGUUUACUUCAUAGAUCACAACACCAAAACGACAUCAUGGCUCGAUCCUCGGCUCGCAAAGAAAGCAAAGCCACCAGAAGAAUGCAGGGAAGACGCUUCCUGCAAGCUGAGUGCUAAACCAGAAAACCAAAACAUCUUGAAUUUUGCAAAAACCGGCAGAGGGAGCUCACAACAACAUGUUGUACAAGAGCUGCCCUACGGCUGGGAGAAGAUAGAUGACCCCAUCUACGGCAGCUACUACGUAGAUCACAUCAAUAGAAGGACUCAGUUUGAGAACCCGGUCCUGGAAGCCAAGAGACGCCUGGAGCAGCAGAGGCAGAUGCAGAGCCAGGGACUCUCUGCUCUACCGCUGCCUACAAUUUACAGAGAGAAGCCAUUGUUUACGAGGGACCCAACCCAGCUGAAGGGCACCUUCCUAUCGACAGCCCUGCAGAAGAGCAACAUGGGAUUUGGCUUUACAAUUAUAGGAGGCGACGAGCCCGACGAGUUCCUGCAAGUGAAGAGCGUAAUACCAGAUGGACCUGCUGCUCAGGAUGGAAAAAUGGACACAGGUGAUGUCAUCGUCUACAUUAAUGACAUUUGCGUGCUUGGCACGACGCACGCCGAUGUGGUCAAACUUUUCCAGUCUGUACCGAUCGGUCAGAGCGUGACCCUCGUGCUCUGUCGAGGGUAUCCCCUGCCCUUCGACCCCGAGGACCCAAGCGGUGCGGCCAGCGCUUCCCUGACGCCCAUUGGGCUGGAGCACCGCCCGCUGGUGGUGAAUGGUCGCGGCAGCUAUGACCCGUACCUGGAGUACCUGUCGCUGAGCUCCCAGCUUCCUGGUCAGGCUCUGGCCCAGGCCGGAGCUUCCCAUCCCGGAGACACACAUCUGGACGGCUCAUCCCUGCCGCCCACCACGCCCGGCUCGGCAUCGGCGCUCACACCUCACAAUGACAACGUGUCAAUGGCCUCUUCUGGGACUGGGGCUGUUGCCGGGGCAACAGCACAAGGGGCAGAGCUGCUAACAGUUACCAUGGUGAAAGGAGCAGAAGGAUUUGGGUUCACCAUCGCCGACAGUCCUACCGGUCAGCGAGUUAAACAGGUGCUAGACGCGGGCUCACAGGGAGCAUCGGGGCUGGUAGAAGGAGACCUGAUCCUGGAGGUAAACCAGCAGUCAGUGGCUGCAGCUGGACAUGGACGAGUGGUGGAGAUGCUCAAAGAGUGUCCUGUGGGAGCAGAAGCAACACUCCUCAUACAGAGAGGAGGAACAGGCCACAUCUCUCCAUGGAAGGCCUCCAAACAGUUACCUGACCAAUGGGAUCCACACAGCAGCCCUCAAGCAAAUCUGUCUGGUCCAGUAUUGCCGCCUGGUACGCCCUUCCCAAACCAGCCACAGCACCGCACUUCUGUGCCUGACUCCACCGAAGGCUUCGACCUUAACAAACCCGACCCGUAUGACCUUUAUGAGAAGUCGAGGGCCAUCUACGAGAGCAGACGCCCGGAGUACGAAGAGGUGGAGGUGCACCUGCUGAGGGAGAAGACUGGAUUCGGCUUCCGCAUCCUGGGGGGAGACGAGGCCGUGCAGGCUGUGAGUCCGGACGCCCGUGACAAGAUUGUCAUUGGCGCUAUAAUAGAGAACACUCCCGCUGAGCGCGACGGGCGGCUUCGACCCGGGGAUGAGCUCAUUUCUGUGGAUAAAAAUGUGGUUGCUGGGAAACCGCACAAAUACGUAAUAGACUUGAUGCACGCAGCCGCUCGCAAUGGUCAAGUCAGCUUGACUGUGAGAAGGAGAGUGCAAAUGCCUGGUGAACCGUGUCCCGUGAACGGCCGCAGCCCCGGCUCAGUGUCCACGCAGCACAGCUCUCCACGUAGCGACGCAGCUUCAGCUUCGGGCCCUCCAGUGGUCGCUGCCCCGGUUGCCACUUCGCCACCGGAGGGAUCUUCCCUGCAAACCAGCGAUGUGGUUAUUAACCGCAAGGAGAACGAGGGCUUCGGCUUUGUCAUCAUCAGCUCCCUGAACAGACCGGAAAAUGCCACCGUCAUCACUGUGCCCCAUAAAAUAGGACGCAUCAUCGAGGGCAGCCCGGCCGACAGAUGUGGGAAGCUGAAGGUGGGCGACCGGAUCCUGGCAGUGAACGGACAAUCCAUUAUCAGCAUGCCGCAUGCAGACAUCGUCAAGCUCAUUAAAGAUGCUGGACUAACAGUCACUCUGCACAUCAUACCAGAGGAGAGCUCCCAUUCUGGUCCUAGUUCAGAGAAGCAGAGCCCCAUGACCCAGAAACACAGCCCGCAGACCCAGCCCAGUCCUGUAGCCCAGACAAGCCAAGGAGGCACGCAGUCUGGCCAAAUGGUCGCUCAGCCAGGUCAAGCACCCGGACAGACACCAGUCCAACCCGGCCAGACACCAGCUCAGACAAACCAAGCGGUGACUGGUCCUCCUGCACCAGCAGGAACCCAGCAGAGCCCAGUCACGCAGCCAUCUGGCCCCCAUCCACAGCUCUACCUCCACGAUGGCAGGUCAGAGGUAAAAGCGAGACAGGAUGUCAAACCUGACUUCCGCCAUCCUCCAUUCACUGACUACCGGCAACCGCCGGUAGAUUACCGUCACCCACCAGUGACUGAUUAUCGGCAGCCACCAACACUGGACUACAGACACCCACCUGGUCUGCUGGAUUUUAGACAGCACCCUGCAGCUGCACAGUUCCCUCUAGGGAUCCCAGCUGACUUCAGACCACAGGUAGAGCUUGACCAAGAGCUGUCUGCUUAUGUUGACCGUACAUCCUUCAUUUGUAUGCAGGACUAUGAUUACUUUACAGUGGAGCUCGAGAAAAGCGCUAAAGGUUUUGGCUUCAGUAUUCGAGGAGGCAGAGAGUACAAGAUGGACCUGUUUGUGCUGCGCCUUGCAGAGGAUGGUCCUGCUAUACGAAAUGGAAGGAUGAGGGUUGGAGAUCAGAUCAUAGAGAUUAAUGGAGACAGCACCAGGGACAUGACUCACGCCCGCGCCAUUGAACUCAUCAAAGCGGGAGGCAGGCGGGUCAGGCUGCUGCUAAAGAGAGGCACAGGACAGGUGCCAGAAUAUGACUGUGCCGGCCCCUGGGAUUCCCUUUCUACAGCCCACUCUGCCCUGCAGGAAGUGACCCUGGAAGCUCACCUGAAUCCAUUGCUCUCAUCCCAUCCAUCGUCAGCCCCAGAUUCCCCUCAUCGGCUCCCUCUAGAGGCCACAGUGUGCAUGGCAGACAAAGCUCCAAAGCUGACAGACCACAGCUCCAUUAGAGGGGCUGCAGGUGGCAGGUCCACCGAGCAGAAAUGCAUCAUCAGGGGACAGGGAACUCCUCAGGGGUCGGGAGAGAUGGACUGUGGACCGGGCGACAGACAGCUUCGUGCUUUGCCUUCCAAAGCUAUUGUGGGAAAGUGCAUUGACAGAAGAGAGAGGCAAAGGGAGACUUGCUCCCCCUGCUGUAAGAGAAAGGAUCUGCAUACACAAGCGUUAAGCACUAUCUGGCCCUGGGACCCAUUUGCUGGUGUGAAUUUGAACGGAGCCUCUCAGGGCAGUGGAGAUGGACAUAUCAGCCUCCAGGAGAGGCUGGUGUCCCGAGGUCUGUUCUCCAGAGAAGAUGAGCGGGCCGGUGGCCACAUUGGGCUCUACUGCCCCUCCAAAAACGUGGAAGAUCCUCCAACAAGGAGUGCUGCUGCCUCCCCGAGGCCCUGGAAUGUCCCUGGGUCUGACAAACUGCCUGGCACCCUGAGGUCCUGGACCUCCACAGUAAGCAGGUAGAAGGGAUCUUACUGGUUUGGGCCGAGUCACACUGUAUGGCUCCUCAUUCGGUUCACCACUGGACCUUUCAGAGAACCAGUAGAUCUCCCUUGCCGCCUCUGUCUGCCCUGUUUUCAUCGCCAUCGACUUCUGAGAUCAUGUUUUAUAUUUCAGUUGUUGUUACAAGAUGAUUAUUACACCCACCACCUUAAAGACAAAGAAACUUACACAGCUAUUGUAACAUAUGGUCUAAACCUUUGGGGACCCUUUUAUGCGACUUCUGAUUUUCUGAUCACAGAUGGAGCAAUGACGCCCGACUCUGUGGAGUGGAGCUGUGCUUUCGAUACGUACCUUUAAAUGCUCGACUGUAUCUGGUUCAGACUGUUUAGUGCAGCGUGGGCUCACACAAGGAAGAGAAACAUAUGUAGAACCAGGAGAUUUCUGUUUUCUUGCCCUGUUUUCUCUGCGCAGUGGGAUGAACCAGACUACAGGUGUGUCAGAUGGAAGCAGUGACACUGAAACUCCUGGAACACACGGCACUGACCCCAACCACAGCCCAGUUAACCUGACAUAUAUUAAAUCGCACAUGCCUACCAAUAUAUCUCAUACUAUAAAUGUAAAGAUGUGAAAAAUAUGUACAUUUGGUAAACUCAGAAACAUACCUAUUGGUGUUUUUGAGGCAGUGUUGUAGUUAGACACAUUGUUUAAAAAAAACAAACAAACAAAAAAAGAAGCAGGACAGUAUUUUAGGAUCACUGUUUCCACGGCCUCGUCUAAAAACUACAUAUCAAAGACUGUGCGAGUCACCACACCCGGACCGCCGAGGCAGGCGGCGUUUGUGUGCAUGGAUAUACACCACCAUGUCUUUAGACAGGGACUCGUGUCUUUUAAAGGCAGAAAAUCGAGAUGUGGAGCAGACCGGUCGGCACUCAUGAGACGAAAAGGAUUUUUUUUCCCCACGAAAUUGAACAAAAUUGAACUUUUGUGUAACUGAGGACAGUUGGCUUAGUAAGAACUCAUGAUACUCUUCUGAGUUAUGUACACAACUUGAUCACAGUCAACCAUGCAGUCAUUGUGCAGAAUUAUAAGCUGUGUUGUAUUCAUUUUAAUGAUCAAAAGGAAAAAUUUGUCCAGUCUCUAUUUCCCAUUUCUAUGCCUUUAACUGUGCUAAGUGUACCACAUCACUGUGGGAGAGGGGCAUCGGUGCGGGGAAGAGGAGGCCGAUGGUUAUGAGGUGGGGCAGAGUGCCUUACUCGAACUAAUGCAGAGCUGUUGCCGUUGUGAAGUAUUUUGGGAACUGAAUGCAAAACAGAUAUCAGCGACCAUGCACACGCGUCAGCAAACCGCUGAGUUUCGUCGGACGCCAAGCAGUAUAUAUCUUGAUGCACUCGGCUGUAUAGCUUGUCAGUGUCAAUGAUUGCCCUUUGUCCCCUUGUGUUUUAAAGGGGAUAACAUGUAGCCUGUAGCAUCACAUCCUCUUCUUAGAGUCGUCUGGGAGUGUAGAGCUGUGAACGUCUAUGGAGACAGGGCUGUAUCAAAGAGGACCACGGUUUCUGUGUUUCAGCUUAACGUUAAGUUUGUAUUCUUGCCCGCAAAUGUCACAUCUGUGAAACAUACAUGCAUUUAAAUAUGACGUCACUGUCCUCCUGCAUUUCUCCAUUUCGAUAUCAUCAAUUUCUCUCAGCGGGAUGUGUGCUCUUUAUUAAAACUUUAUCACUUAAGCUUUUGAGUACUGGAGGACCAGAUUAAUUUAAAAAAAAAAGAUUGCGACUGUUUGACUGAAUGCAACAUGAUGGUACAUCCAAGCUGUGCUCGUAAGCUGCUGGGAAAGCCAGGCACCUGCAGACUGGGAUACUAGCAGGACUUUGUGCAUUGAGAGUCAUCGGGCCUGAUCCUGAUCCGCGGUGGAUUCUGACUGAGCUGUGUGUUCUGUGAUUAAAAUGGUUGUGGAAAGACGCAGUAGGCUGUAGAAACGUGUUUGCCGUAUGUACAAAUGUCAAAGUUAGGAAACGCUGAAAGAAUACGUCAUCCAGCCCUCUGUCUCCAUCCAGGCCGCCCCCACCCCCACCCCUUGCCUGCUGUGACCGAUUUUUGUAUGAAGAAACAAAAAAAAAUCUGCUUAUCAGAACCUGUGAAGGAUGGCACGCUCAUAAACCCCCACUGAGAUCAAGUAUAACUGUGUAGUGUUAAUUGUGUACUAUUCACCUUGUACAGCUGUAUUCCUACAAAUAUGGUUUACUGUAUCAUUGAUACUGUAGUUUCAAAGACGUGAACAACUAUUUUUAUGAAAUGCGACAGUACUGAUAUAUUACAUUUUGCUAAAAAACAAAACUUGUUUACUGAAAGAUAUUCUGAAAUACUGUCAAAUAAACUCUUGACAU